AUGAUACCGAAUCAGACACUGGUUACAUCCCUCGCCCAACACGUGCUGACAGCACAGAACACGAGUCACAGCUGGGAUGCAGCACCAAGUCCCCAAGGAUGCAUCUCCAUGGUAACCGCAGACUACCCAGACGAUCCCAUUAGUCAGGCAGUGGAACAUUGGAUCAGCAAAGGGAAGGGAGCCAUCAUUCUCCCAGUCCUGUUCCUUCUUGGAACCGUCGGCAUCUGCCUCAGUCUGACAUCUUUCUACAGGCAAGGCCUCAAGCACAGAAUCAACCUGUGUCUUUUCAGCCUGGAGUUCAUCCACCUUCUGAACAUCGCCUUCCUCUUCCUGCUGAACAUCGACAGCGUGUUUCUUCCUCUAGACUCGGGUGUCUAUGGUCCUGUCUACCAGUUCCUCGUCAACCAUCGCCUGCUGGGGAUGCUGGGCUUCAUGUACGGUGCCAUGUAUCUGACAGCUGUUGCCUCGUGUGAACGGUGCUUAACUGUGUUAUUUCCACUGCAGUCUAAGACUUUGCUCAGCACCAGGACCAUGUAUGUGGUCAUCAUCUGCGGCACCUGCCUGACCACCUUACCUUUCUUCGUCGUCACCGCCAGGUACCAGGUCACGUGCUUCUUUGAUGUGGUGAAAAACUCAACCGUCUUGAAGUACACGGUGAACGAGUAUUACUUCAAGAACAAGGACAUCAUCAACGCUGUCGAAGGAACAUAUUUUGGUCUGAUUCUGUCCCUUGGUCUUCCAUUUAUUGUUUGUGUUUGUACGGCUUUAACAGGCUUCAAGCUGAAGCAGACAAUAACCUUCCGCAAAAAGACUUCAUCGUCUGAUACCAGAAAAGAAGCGGCGACGACCAAAAUGCUGAUCAUCAUAUCUAUAAUUUUUCUUGUCCUCUCCAUCCCAAAUAUUUUCAUCAGGAUGGUCCCUCUCUUUCAGCCAGAAGCCCGGGCAGAUGGCCGCUAUAAUAAUUCUUUCGGCGUUCUGAUUAACGGUGCAGAGGUCGGGAGUGCAAUGAACAGCAGUGUCAAUGUGUUUGUUUAUUAUUUCUCAGGAACCAAGUUCAGGGAAAAUGUUCAAGAAAUAUUUCGUUGUCAAAAACGAGAAAAGAAAAGUAGCAUGGAGCUGACGGAUCACUCCCAGCACCAGAUAUCGAUGAACAGAUGGUAA